UGUUAAUCUACCUUCCCUAAACCCAAAAGUGUUAGCAGAAAUAUUUUAUCACGUCGGAUUUUUUUUCUGCCGUCAAUUGUUUUUUUUUAACUACCCGACGUGGUGAUGAUAUUUUAUUGUUUAUUCGUUCGCUUCAAACGACAGUUACUUUGCUUUGGAUUGAUUUAAAAUGGCUAGCAGAAAGUGCAAACAAAGUUCUGACCGUUUUUGUUAUGUUUGUGGACAGUUUAUAUUUUCAAAAAAGAGAAGACCUAUUGUAGAUUCGUUAAAAACUGCAUAUCUUCAUUAUUUUGGAUUUCCUGUUGCAAAUCAAGAUAAAAAGUGGGUGCCUCACGUGUUUUGCGAAAGCUGUAGAAUCAUCUUACUCCAGUGGUCAUCAGGAGAAAAAGUUUACUUGUUACUACCAGACACAAAAGUUACGUUUUUCAGAAACAGAAGCAAAGUUUACUCAGAAUUUUUCAAAAGAGAAGGUGAAUAUUGUUAUUGCACAGAUAUCCCGGGGCUUUACGAAGCAAUGAAUCAAAACUAUGAUAAAACAGAGUGGCGCCUAUUCAUAGACUCUUCAAAAUAUAGUCUCAAAGCUGUUUUAUUACAUAACGGAAAUAAGAAACCUUCCAUACCAAUAGGACAUGCAGUGAAUUGUAAAGAGAGCUAUGAAACGAUGCGUACUUUGAUUAAUUUAAUGAUAUGGGAGUAAACAUGUCAUUAAAGAUUCACUUUCUACACUCUCAUCUGAAUUUUUUUCCUGAAAACUUAGGAAGUAUGAGUGACGAACAGGGUGAACGUUUCCACCAAGAUUUAAGGACUUUCGAAGAACGACAUCAAGGAUUUUGGGGAUGAAAAUAUGUUAGGGGAUUACUGUUGGUCUAUCAUAAGAGAAACUGAUUCAAAUAACUAUAAAAAGAAAGCAAAAGUUAGUCAUUUUUAAUUUAUUUUUGUAUUAAUCCUAAAAUCUUUGUAUUUCCCUUCAAGAAAAUAAAUAUUUUUUAAACCAGACGUGAUAGAAUUUUUUUAUUAUUUUUUCUGGAUAGUUCUACCUGAACACAAAAUAAAAUAACAACUUUCAGCUGGGGUAUGAUAACCGUGUAAACUAGUGUAAU